UAUAUGUCACUGUCAGUGCAGCAAGUGGUAAACAUUUCAGAAAACUUGAAAAUAACAAAAAUUAAAAAUAAUCAUACGAAUUAGAGAAAAUUACCUCCUUAUUCCAAAUAAUUAGACAUUUGUUCUAAUAACUCAUUUAAAUUAAUAUUUCGUUGUAUUGAUGAUAUUGUUCUAAACUACAAUCAUGCUUGCUAUUGAAAAGAAAUAUGAAAUAGAAAUGAAAUUAAAAAAGGAGAUGGGUAACAUCUUGGAGUUGAAGGCAGCUGCGAAGCGCAGUUCUUCACUAGCCAAUGAUGUGUGUAAUGUGUUGGGUGCUUGUGAACAAAGGCUGCAGCAGCUGGAGACUGCUGUACUGCCUUUGUAUGGAGACACAGCGAGGCUGCAGUAUAUACAUGAGAAUAUGGAGCAAACAGCGAAGGCCUUGGAUCACGUUAUCAACUACUACAUGGUGUCAAGGGAGCUGGCUGACCUCAUACAAGCUGGACCUCACACAACCACUACUGAGGCACUGAACAUAUAUUUGGAAGCUUUGGACAAAUUGUCAGAAGCACAAGCCUACUUCAACAAAAAUAACCCGCAGAGUGUGGAACUUGAAAAUAUUAACCAGUUGUAUAACAUUGGAGUGACCAAGCUAGAGAAUGCGUUUGAGGAGCUUCUCAGUCGCCACACCAGGCCACUGACGGCGACCACGUUAAUGGAAAUGAUAGCUCUAGACGAGGACUCGAGCGCGGAGAGCGUGAGCGUGGGCGCGAGCGGGAGCGGCGCGGGCGCGGAGGCGGCGCGCGAGGCGCUGGUGGCGGCCGCGGGGUGGCUGAGUGCGGCGGGCCGACCCCCCGCGGCGCCGCUGCUGCGGCUGCGGGCGCCCGCCGCGCGCGCCUCGCUGCGAGCCUUCCGCGACGCACUGCGCUCGCGCUCCAUGGCCGCCUCGCCGCUCAUGAGAUCUAAGAACAUACUUCAUCGAUCUGACAGUGCCACGAAGAAAACGAGCAAAAUUCAGAAAGUACUGGAGAAGCGCGCCAACAAGAUAAUGAUGAAGGCGUCUCAGACGCUGGAGCAGUCUACCGGGCUGGCGAUUGGUCCCAGGCGGUCCAUGAACGAUUCUUACACGGAGGAGAGCAGCGAGGCGCUGGACGAGGCGGAGGCGGAGGCGGCGGGCGCGGUGGCGGCGGCGCUGGCGCAGCUCGCGCGGCACGAGCAGCGCCAGCUGCUGGGGCUGGUGCCGCUGCCGCGCCUGCCCGCGCUGCUCGCGCAGGUGCUCAAGGACUGCUUCCAGAUCCUCGCCGCCGACGUCGACCGGGCGAUGUGCCGCGUGCGGCGCGGCGCGGCGCGGUGCGGGGGGGGCGCGGCGGCUGGGUGGGCGCUGCUGGCGCGGCUGCAGCGCCUCCAGCCCGCCCUCGCCGCCGCAGACAUCCUCGCCUCCUGUCAGUCGCAGUGCGUGCGCGCGCUGGAGGAGUGGGUGGAGGGCGUGCGCGCGGACGGCGCGGCCGGCGCCGUGGACGGCACCGUGCACCAGCUCGCCGCCGCCGCGCUCGCACACCUACACGCGCUCUCCCUGCACCUCAACACCAUCGGCCCCGCGCUGGCGGCGGAGGCAUCCUACGGGCGCAAUAUUUCGACGCAAACUGGGGAUGCGCACGCGUAUCUACUAGCCGUCUACAUGCGUAAAGUGUUGGCUCAGCUGAACUUGGCGCUGCGCAACAAGAGUGAACAGUAUCCUGAUGCGCUGAAAGCUAUAUUCCUGUUGAACAAUACUCUCUAUUUAUUACAGGGCCUCCAACGUAACGGUCUGCUGGACUUGCUGAUGUUGGCAGAACCGGAGUGUGAAACCAACUACCGUGAUAUGAUACAAGAUUACAAAAACGCCUACUUGCAGAGUUGGAACAAGUUGCUGCAACACCUGCAGCUGGAUGAACAGCUGCCGGCCAAACUGAGGGACAAGGAUCGUCAACUACUAAAGGAUAAGUUCUCAGCGUUCAACCGCGAGUGGGAGGAGGCAUACCGCGCGCAGCGAGGGUACAGCGUGCCCGACGCAGAGCUGCGGGAGGCGCUCAAGAGAGACAACAAGCAGGCGCUGCUGCCGCCCUACUCCGCCUUCUGGGACGCCUACUCAACGCUGCCCUUCUCCAAGAACUUAGACAAAUACCUCAAGUACACCCCCGUGCAGAUCGCUACGCAGUUGGAUGAGUAUUUCGACGAGGCUGCCUAGUAGUUGAUAUAUUACUAUACGUCGUUAUAGGCUGCCGUUGCUCACCAACCGGCCACGUCGAUUAGUUGACAUACAACAGAAUCAGAUACGCUUGUAGUGGAAAUCAAAUUAUAUAUUGAUUCAGUGGAUUUAACAAUAGCCAAGUUUUUUUAAGGGUGAUAAUGUUGUAUAAUGUAUAUAUACAUUACAUACAUUAAUUAAAUAAAAAUAUAUUGUUGUUGUUGUCUUUAAUGUAAAUAUAUCUCACUGAUAUACUAUUUACUUACGUGUCUAGACAUUGCAGUCUGCUUCAGCAGGGCACGUUGGCCAACGGUUGCUACUGACAGUAACAAUAGUUCUAUGACAUUGGAAAUAUAAAGAAAAACAUCAGCCCAGACGCUUUUAUCAGGUUGUCUCUAUGAAACUGUGCUAUUAGUGAUAAGACAAAUUUGUAAACCACAUUUGUAGGGAUUUGUUCUGUUUUGUAAUAAAGUUAGUUUUAUUAUUAUUGCCUAUUUACAUUCCGAAUGUUACUUUAGAGCUAUCAUAAAUAUCUCAAAAUACAUAUAUUAAGUUUAAUUUUAAUAGAAAAUAUUUAUUAUAUUCACCGUUUUAAUGUAUGAGUCACAAGUAUAAA